CAUGCCCAAUGGGGCCGUGUUUGUAGGCAUGCGUGGUGCUGCUAGUUACCGCAUCUGUGUCUCCCUCCCACCCUGCUGCCUUUGCUUCUUUCUCUAGCAGGCUGGGAGUGUGUCUGUGCGGCUGCUGUCUGCUCUCGGGCUGCGGCGGCGGAAGGAAGGAAGAGGGAGAAGAAAGGGAAGAAAUGAAAUCUAGCUCCGGUGCGUCCGACUCCAGGCAGUCCCCCGGCGGCUGAGCCGUGUGAAAUAGACAGGGCGGAUAAAGUCCCUUUUUUAAUUCUUUUUUUUGCCCCCACUUUGCCGCACACUUGCCGCUUGUGUGACUUAGCGGCCGUGCGAAGAUGAGCGCGGAGGGAUACCAGUACCGGGCCCUGUACCCGUACAAGAAGGAGAGGGAGGAGGACAUCGACCUGCGGGUAGGAGAUACCCUCACCGUUAGCCGUGCCACGCUGCUGGCUCUGGGCUGCUUGGCCGAAGGAAUGGAGGCUCGGCCCGAGCAGAUCGGCUGGCUCAAUGGAUGCAACGAGAACACCGGGCAGAGAGGGGACUUCCCGGGCACCUACGUGGAGUAUAUUGGUCGGAAGAGGAUCAGCCCCCCGACCCCCAAACCGAGGCCCCCUCGCCCGCUGCCUGUGGCUCCAGGGGCGGUACGUGGGGAGGCAGAGGCACAGGCUUUUACACUUCCUGACCUGACUGAACAGUUCUCACCACCUGACACAGCCCCUCCAGUCCUUAUCAAGCUUAUAGAAGCCAUUGAAAAGAAAGGUCUAGAGUCUGCAACGUUAUACAGAUCCCAAAGUUCCAGCAGCUUGACUGAACUGAGACAGAUCCUAGAAUGUGAUGCUGCUUCAGUGGAUUUUGAGCAGUUCGACAUAUCGAUUCUGUCAGAUGCUUUAAAGCGCUACCUUCUGGAUCUCCCAAAUCCCGUCAUUCCAGCUUUAAUGUACAGUGAAAUGCUCUCUGCUGCCAGAGAGUCCAUAAGCUCCGAUGAAUAUGUGCAGCUAUUGAGGAAGACCAUCCGAUGUGCCAACGUGCCACAGCAGUACUGGCUCACCCUUCAGUAUCUGCUCAAACAUUUCCUUCAACUCUGUCAGAGCUCCAGCAAGAACUUACUGAGUGCCAAGUCACUGGCGGAAAUAUUCAGCCCCCUGCUUUUCAGGAUCCAGGUGUCAAGUUCCGACAGCUCCGAAUUCAGCACUCAGAUACUGGAAGUUCUGAUCGCAAGCGAGUGGAAUGAAAAGCAAGCUGCUCCAGCACUACCACCAAAGCCUCCCAAAUCUACUGCUGUAACCAACAACGGUACAAAUCACAUUAUGUCUCUGCAAGAUGCUGAAUGGUACUGGGGAGAUAUUUCAAGGGAAGAGGUGAAUGAAAAGCUGCGAGAUACCACUGAUGGUACCUUUCUGGUACGAGACGCAUCAACUAUAAUGCACGGCGACUACACCCUAACGCUAAGGAAAGGUGGAAAUAACAAACUUAUUAAAAUCUUCCACCGGGAUGGAAAAUACGGUUUUUCUGAUCCCCUGACGUUCAACUCUGUAGUCGAACUGAUUACCCACUACCGAAAUGAGUCGCUGGCCCAGUAUAACCCAAAACUGGAUGUCAAGCUCCUGUAUCCUGUGUCAAAGUUCCAGCAGGAUCAGUUAGUCAAGGAAGACAGUAUUGAAGCAGUUGGGAAGAAGUUACGGGAGUACAACGUCCAAUUCGAAGAGAAGAAUCAGGAGUAUGAUCGACUAUAUGAAGACUACACAAGAACGUCUCAGGAAAUUCAGAUGAAAAGAACUGCAAUUGAAGCUUUCAAUGAGACCAUAAAGAUAUUUGAAGAACAGUGCCAAACACAGGAAAAAUACAGCAAGGAGUACAUUGAAAAAUUCAGGCGUGAAGGCAACGAGAAAGAGAUACAAAGGAUCUUGCACAAUCAUGAGAAGCUGAAGUCUCGCAUCAGUGAAAUUGUUGACAGCAAGCGAAGACUAGAAGAAGAUCUAAAGAAACAAACGGCUGAAUAUCGGGAGAUUGAUAAGCGAAUGAACAGCAUCAAACCAGAUUUGAUUCAGCUGAGGAAGACAAGAGACCAGUACUUAAUGUGGUUGACACAAAAAGGCGUGCGACAGAAGAAACUGAACGAGUGGCUGGGCAGCGAGAACACCGAAGAUCAAUAUUCAGUGGUAGAGGAUGAGGACUUGCCACAUCAAGAUGAGAGGACGUGGAACGUUGGCAAUAUCAACAGAAACCAAGCAGAAAACCUUCUACGUGGGAAACGGGACGGAACAUUCCUUGUGCGAGAGAGCAGCAAGGCGGGCUGCUACGCAUGCUCUGUGGUGGCCGACGGAGAGGUAAAGCACUGUGUUAUAAACAAAACUCUUACUGGUUAUGGCUUUGCAGAACCAUACAACUUGUACAGCUCUCUGAAAGAACUGGUGCUACAUUACCAACACACGUCCCUUGUACAGCACAAUGACUCUCUUAACGUAACACUAGCAAACCCGGUAUAUGCACAGCAAAGGCGAUGAAGACCUAACAAAACUCUGGAGUUUACUCCUACACUGACAUCAUUGAAGCCUGUCUAGGCAAGGAAUAUAAAUAAAAGCUCCUUCGCCGACCUAAUUCACAGAUUGAGCUGCAGUAUCAAAGCUAUCUACAGACGGGAUAAGAGCUUUCUUUCGCCAUGGAAGCAGGAGAUGAGUGUUAAGCUGUGAAUGUAUGUCUCUAAGCUAUUGUGCUUGCUUUCUAAGAACCAAAAGCACAGCAACAUAAAGAUAUGCUAUUAAAAAAAGCCAAUCUCCCAGGCCUGCAGGUACCCAGAGGCCUUCACCAUGGUGCUUGUUUACGUUCUAUUAAAGCUUUACCAGCUUGAAUGUUGGUCUGCGCAGAUCUAAGAAGCCAAGGUGUCUUUGUCAGUACUGUUUUUUUUUGGGGGGGGAACUGUUCCAUCGUAAACCUACUUAUAAAAGACUCAUGGCAUUGUAUACAGCAGAUCUACUUUAACAGAGCCUUGUGGAUUGUAUCAUUUUCCCCAAAAAAAAAAAUUCUAUAUAUGUAGCGGAAUGGCACUUUUCAUCAUUUCUUAUUAAAUGGAACUGCAAUGAAACAGCGAAUUGCCGGAAGUGUUUUAGCAAGACUGUAUGUGAAACUGAGAAAAUUCUCUUAGAGUCUAUUUAAUGAGGAAGAUGGCAGGAUGGAAAAAUGACACAGUAUAUAUAAAUAUAUAUAUAUGUACAUAGCAUUGGAUGACAAGCUGUCAAACGGAACUCAAACCAAACUUUCUACUUCUCGUUUUAUUUUGCUGAUUGCUGAAUCCUUAAUGCUAUGCAACAUCGUUUUUUUUUUUUUGAGCGUUUUUUGUUUUUUGUUUUUUAUAUAUAUAUAUGUGUACCAAUAAGAAACCUCUGUUCAUUUUGAAAUAAUGUUACUUAUUUUGUUAUCACCGUUUGUUUUUGUCCGUAUGAAACAUGCAGUACGUCUCGGGAGAGGUGCAGAGAACUUAAAGCUAUUUUACCAUACAUCUUGUAUAGAAAAACCUUGGCCCUGAGCCGAAGAUUUAUAGAGAGAAAAAAAAAAAUAGGAAUUCAAAAAAAAAUCCAUGACGAAUAUUUGAUUUCAUUGUUUUGUUGGGCAGUGCCUGAUAAGCUUCAAAGCUGCUUUAUUAAUAAAAAGAAAAAAAAUCUUAUAAAUAGAUGAAUAUAUAAACAGAAAAAUGUCAAGAGUUUUGACAGUGUUGUAUUAUGGUUUAUUUACUCUUAAUGGUACUGGAUCAUGUGCUGAGGGCAUAGUAAGUGCUCUGUCCCUACUACUUGGAACUGAGUAGAAAGCAUGUGAGGUUCUUCUACUCUAUCCUGACCCUCCAGUCCCUGGGAACUUUCAUUUUCGUGCAUGGGAAAACUGCCAAGAUCUAGAUUGUUACAAUAUUUUCAAUUAUUGUGGGGGAGGGGGACCUUAUAAAGGAAAUAUUUGUUGUUCAACCCCCUCCCCAAUGCUAAAAACUGUCCCCCCUUCUAUUAGUAGUGAUCUUGUUUACUACAGGCUCAAGAGCCACUUGUAUUGUUCUGACUUCUAGAAACCCCUGGGUUUCAUUACCCAGCAGAUCCCCCUGACCUCCAGUGAGGUGAAACGUUGUUAAGCAUUUACAAACUAUGAAUAAUACUGUAGGAUACAACCUAUUGGCUGCAAGAAAUAGACCUUCUUUUUUUUUUUUUUUUUAAUCAUUUUAGCACUUUCGCCACCGCCGAUACAGAGACCCCGCUGUUAACAAUCAUUUAACCCUUGCUGGCGUUCUCUGUGCAGCAGUGUGAUUCAGCUCUGCUAAGGUUUUGUAUUCUGUAGUAUUGGCUGCAGUGAUCUAUGUAGUUGUUGUUGACAAUGUAACUUUACAUGCGUGCUGUCACGUGAUUCUCUCAUUAGGCACCGUAUCAUUGACACUUACAGGAUUUUGCUUUCUUCAUUUUGAUCAAGGCUGUGAGCUUCUGGUUGUUUAGCCACCUAUUAAUGUAAGAUAACAUCAGGCCUGUGCAUAUCCUAAUUCAGAAGCUGUGCUUUAUUGUUAUACAAUAUAUAUAUAUUAUAUAUUUUAAUGAACCCAUUGUCCUGGCAUUUCCAUAUACUUCCAUUGUACUCCAGUGCUACUCAUACAGCUUUUUAGGUAAAUGCACAGCAUAAGCAUUUUAUUUCUGAUGGGUCAGGCAUGCUGGUCCUACAUAAUCAGCAUCAUUUUCUUUGUAAUCCAUAUCAUGGCGAUGGAUAUAUCAUAGAGAGCAUCCAACCCUGUUGUCCUGCUUGAUCCAUGAAGCCAUUUCAUUGUUUCAUGCCACUGACUGUAGUGGUCCGUUCAUCAUGGCCUUUAUUCAUUUAUAUGAAUUUGGACAAUUAUUUUCAUAUGCAGCUUUUUACUUUAGAGUAAUUUGGGAGCAUGUGUUUGCGUAUCCCGGUUUAAGCCAUAUUUUCCCUCCGCGAGGGCCAAAGCUUCUUUUUAUGCCUAUAUGAGUUUAAAGGUAAACUGAAGCCUUGUCUCCGCAUUGUAUAAAAAUUGCACGUGCACUAUUCAUACAGUUCAAGGUACAUCAUGCAGUUAAGUCAAGCACAAGAUACGUUUUUAUAAUUUGAUGAAUUGGGGGGGGGAAUGUUUGAAUUUGCUGAAUUGUGUAUUUCAAACGUUACCUAGUGCCCUGGCCUAGAGUAAUCCCAAGUUUACCCUACAUUCGGGGAGUGGAAUCACUUACCCUAAGACCAUUAUAAACAGUGAGCUAUGAUAAAUGAAAUUGCUACUGAUUAAACUGGGCACAGUAUCUGCUGCCUGUUGAAUAAGGCUUGUUAUGCAUGGUAUUCACAUAAUGAUUGGGGUCACCUUAAAAUGGGCAGCUGUGAGCUCAUUGGCUGAUUUUGUCUGUUUUAAUUACAUAUUUCCUAAAGCAGGAAUAUACCAUGUUUCUAAAUCUGUUUAGUAUUGCUUUGAAAGACGCUAUAUGGGCAUAGUUGUCUGCACAGAACAUUCCUACUUGCCUCUGCUGAGGCAUUUUCUGUAGAAUGCAAUAAAGGGCCCCUUAGUGAUUGUAAAGUGUUUGCUGUUGUUUUGUAUGGUGAUGGCCAUAUUCAAGGCACACAAUAUUGCAGUUCACAGUAGUAUGCAAAGAGAAUAUUCUGUGCAAGUAAAAAGAAAAAUGCCCAAAUACAUUGUAGAUGGUCAGUGGUAAAACUGAAACAAACCAUAUUUAGAAACAGGGAAUAUUUCCCCUUUAAUUCAAGCUUGCAGAGCUUCAGCUAUAGUAAACUACUGCUCACCAAAGUGUAUGCUGGGAGCUGGGGUUUACUAGCACUGGAGCCAUCCGUGUCCCUGGUUCUGACAUGAGUAGUUGACUUGCUACGUGGGUGAGAUUAUCUUGUCACCAUACGACUGCAUUAGCUGCCCAACAUGCUGCUAUUUUUUAUUCCUGUUUCAGAAAAAAAAGCCUGUUAAUGUUUAUACAACAUUACAAAAAAAUAUAUAUAUACUUUGUUAACAUGAAAUACAUUGAUCUUUCAAUAGGGGUGGAAAGGAUGGUUAGUGGUAAUUUGCCUUUACAAGGCAAUAAAUAAAGUUGUGCCUCUGAAAUUGGAGCUAUAGCUUUGAUAAAGCUCUGUGUCUCGUUUUAAGUUGCUUUAAAACAUUGUAUUAGACCUUCAAACAAAAUAAAGAUUGUUUUAAAAAUA